UAAGUAUAUCACAGCCAACACCAUCCUUCACUCUCUCCCCUCUCCCGCCCCCCUCCCCUUUCUCAGGCACACACACUUUCAGUGUCUCUCUCCUCCAGGGAUGGAGAUUACUGACUAUUAUGGGCAAGGGAUUAAUUUGUAGCCAAUUACAACCCACUGCUAAAUAUGAAUGCAUAAAUAAGAUACAGCCUUGCCCGUGUGCGUGGGUGAGAGAGAGAGGGGUGUGGGGGACAUAACUGUUUAGGUAGCUCCGUGAGGAUGAUGAGAAGAAAGAAGGAGCAACUGAGAGGAGCAUCGCUCUCUGACUUCCUUUAUCCACGGGAGACUCCAAUCCAGGGUGGACCUAGCCCCGUGAAACCCUGCAGACCUAGAGGAACCAGCUCGCCUCUGUGCUAAACUGACGAUAAACAAAGCAGCUCCCGAGCUGAUUGCGAGGCAGGAGUUUCCAGCUGAAGUUCGUGGGAAGGGGAAGAGUUGCAAGUGGAAGGGGCUGUGGAAAGAGUCAUGAAUGCGAGCAGAGACAAGACUCAGGGGGGUGACAUCUCUAUCCCAGCAGCAGCGGCAAGCCAGGCUGGCAUUGUAGUGGAGCCAGUGUCCGGCUGCCUUCACGGGGAAAGCAUGGAAAGCCACGGGGACCAGAGACUUUCUUCCAGCAACGAGCUACCGGUCUAUUCGUGUCCUGGAAAUAGAGACAGGCCAGGCGACAAUCAGAGCAACACCCCUGGACAAGAGGGGGCAGGGGCAGCCCUGCCAGUGGUCCACAGAACCACCUCUUUUUCGGUGCUGGACAUCCUGGAUCCCAACAAAUUCAACAGCAAGAAGAGGCACUGUUCUGUGUUGUACAAAUCCGCAGGGAGCGAAUGCGCUCUAGGGGCAGAGGAUAAACCCGAGGAGUCAGGAACGGAACUAGCAGAUCCAAAGGCUCUGGCUGAAGAUUUUGAAACGUGCAAAAAGUCCUCGGACUUACUCAAGGAUGGGGAGCUGUACAAGGCCGAGGAGUGCGACCUGGACUACGGCAGCAGGCCCAGCCCCAGCCCGGAGAGCGAGCUGCAGGACGAGGAGGAGCUGUGCAGCGAGGAGAGCAGCAGCAGCAGCAGCAGCAGCCUGGGCGGCGUGGGGGGGUCCGGCGAGGCAGAGCCCGGCCACCACCCGGAGGACCGGGAGCCAGGCAGCCAGCAGCAGCAGCCGCAGCCGCCGGCCCAGCCUCCUGCCCCCGGCGGGGGCCCGCAGGCCAAGCCCAAGAGGAAGCGCACGGGCUCGGACUCCAAGUCGGGCAAGCCCCGGCGGGCGCGGACCGCUUUCACCUACGAGCAGCUGGUGGCGCUGGAGAACAAGUUCAAGUCCACGCGGUACCUGUCGGUGUGCGAGCGCCUCAACCUGGCGCUGUCGCUCAGCCUGACCGAGACCCAGGUCAAGAUCUGGUUCCAGAACCGCCGCACCAAGUGGAAGAAGCAGAACCCGGGCGCCGACACCAGCGCCCCGACGGGCGGCGGGGCAGGCGGCGGCGGGGCCGGAGGAGGCCUGGGGGGAGGCGGCCUGGGCGGCGGGCUGAGCCCGCUCAGCCACUCGCCGCCCAUGGGCAACCCGCUCUCCAUGCACGGCCCCGGCGGCUACCCGGGGCACCCCACCGGGGGGCUGGUGUGCGCUGCCCAGCUGCCCUUCCUGCCCAGCCCCGCCGUCCUCUCGCCCUUUGUCCUGGGCUCGCAGACUUACGGGGCUCCGGCCUUCUACACCCCGCACCUAUAAACCUACCUCCCCCCGCCCCGGGACUGCGAGCCCCUGGAGCCGCAGACCCUGGGAAGGAUACUCCGCGCCGCGCCCUCUGAGUCCCCCCAGCGCGCUCGGAGCUCCCAUUCGCCCCCGUGGGAUGGAUACUCCGCGCCGCGCCCGCUCCGAGUUCCCCAGGCGCGCCCCGAACUCGCAAUCACCUUAACGGGGAAGAGACGCCUCUGAAUUCUCUCUGCGCGCCUGGCUCCUACAGAAGCCAAGGGGCAGCCCCGCGGAGCGCAGGGAACUGAGGACUUCGCAAAGCAACACUACAUGAUUAUUAAUUAAUCAUAAUAAUUAAUAGUAAAUCCAUCCCCCUCCCCCCAGCCCCGAAAACAGUCACCCACCUGAGAUCAAACCCUGACGAACUCGCCGCUCUUUCUCUAGCCAUUGAGUUUGGGGGGAAGGGGCUUUAGAGCGAAAUGGGGACUGCGGGGGAGGAGAGAGUUGGUGAAAUCGCAUUUCCCAGACGGACAAACCUCUUGUUCGGCCCUUUGUUUUUAAAAGCCUACCCCCCCCCCCCCCCUGAGCUGAGUGGCUCCUUUCACCCCGGUUAUCAUUUAAAACGAGCAACGCUCCUGGGAGCGCGCGUGGCUUCAGCCUCAGAACCCGCUGGAAGUUUGGGCAAAGGAGCCUGGCCCCAGGCGAACACGGUGGGAACGCGGCCCCGCUCCCCGCCGCGGGACGGGACACUCGGUGGCCGGGGAAAGCCCCGAGUUGCAGUGUCCAAGGGCUGGCAACGGCUGGCGCCCAUCUGAGCGCCCCAACGGCGAGCAAGAUCCGGCUGUCCCCAGUCCCCAGCGCUUCCUCCCCACGGAGACACAGCAACUUUUCAUCUGCCCUACAAUCCUUUCGACGACCCUUUUUUAUACACGCCGUGUCCGGACUUGGCUUCGGGAAGGUAGGAAGAGGAGAGAGAAGAAAUCCUCCCGCCUUCCUAUUUGUAAAUAGAAGUAGCUGUAAAUCAUCGUUCGCUGUAUUUUUUUCACGGUUCCUUGUUUUUUGUCUGGCCACUUGAAAAGAUGAUGUACCCAUUGGACUCUCAGGGUAAAAUGGAAAACUCUAGGCUUGUCACUCCGCCCCAGGGUUGGUAAGACAACGGGUUAUUUUCUUUCGUGAUCUCACGAUUUGUACAUACUUCGAUUUUUUUUU